UGAAGGGAAUGACAACAGGAAGUGAAGGUAGCUAACGUAAUGUCUCCGGGUUUGGAUCCAUGAGAAACCGCAGAGACACACAUUGAAAGAUUUGUCGGCUGCAUCACGACUUUCCUGACUCGUAGCUUCGAUGAUUUCUGCAUUUUAACGAAAUUGCCUGGACAUAAACUUGCAGCUCUUUGGAUUAUCAGCCCUGCUAGUUUGCUAGCUAUCGUUAGCUACAGUAGUGCUAGUCAAAACAACACAGACUUGUACUAAGGAACCAGACUGACUUUAAUGUAAGCCGGAGGACAUACCCUCUAACAUGGCCAGAUCUCUAUUGCAAUGAGGUUCUCCAUAGUCCAGCUGUAAGCCUGAGCCAUGAACUCUGUGUCCCCCAGCGCGGCUCAGUAUGUGGGGGGAGUGGGCCAGGAGGAGCCCCUGGACAUGGUGAGGCCCCAUGGCCAGGCCCUGGAGCCCGGGGGCAGCGCCCGCAACGGGGAGCCCGACGAGGUGGACAAGCUCAAAGCCAAGCUGAUGUCGGCCUUCAACAACGUCAAGUAUGGCUGGCUGGUCAAGUCUAAAACCACGUUCAACAAGUCGUCCGAAGUGAUCGUCCUGGGACACACGUAUUUGCUAAACAGUGAAGAUGAGGUGGAGCGUUUCCGGCUGGCCUUUGUGUCCCGCCUGUGGCUGACCUACCGCAGGGAGUUCCCCCUGCUGGACGGCUCCAACUGGACCACGGACUGUGGCUGGGGCUGCAUGCUGCGCAGCGGGCAGAUGCUGCUGGCCCAGGGGCUGCUGGUCCACCUGCUGCCCACGGGCUGGGCGUGGCCCGACAGCCAGCAGCUGACCGACGUGGACUUCGAGGCACUGAGGCCGCGCUCGCCGUCGCGCGCCGGGGGGGUCCCCAUCCCCUCCUGGGGCUCCUCGCGGGGCCCCGGCACCCCCCAGAAGAGCCUGGCGGGGGACCCUGCGUCCAAGCCCGCCCAGAAGAAGAGGCCCGAGUCCGGGAGAGAGCGGCAGGCCGAGCCCCUGCACCGGCUGGUGGUGACCUGGUUCGGGGACCAGCCCCAGGCGCCCUUUGGGGUGCACCAGCUGGUGGAGCUGGGGAGGAGCUGUGGGAAGAAGGCCGGGGACUGGUACGGCCCCUCGGUGGUGGCACACAUCCUGAGGAAAGCGGUGGCCAGAACCGCAGAGGUGCCCAACCUGACUGUGUACGUCGCUCAGGACUGCACAGUGUACAAAGAAGAUGUAGCGUGUUUGUGUGACCUGUCCUCACCCCAGUCUGACCCCGUCACCAGUCCGGGCUGGAAGUCUGUUAUCAUACUGGUCCCAGUACGGCUGGGCGGGGAGUCUCUAAACCCCUCCUACAUCGAGUGUGUGAAGAAACUUCUCAAAUUGGACUGCUGCAUCGGGAUCAUUGGGGGCAAACCCAAACAUUCCCUCUUUUUCAUUGGCUACCAAGAUGAACAGCUGCUGUAUCUGGACCCUCACUACUGCCAGUCAGUGGUCGACGUGAGGCAAGACCACUUUUCACUUGAGUCCUUCCACUGUAGCUCUCCGAGGAAGAUGCCCUUCAGCAGGAUGGACCCCAGCUGCACCAUAGGCUUCUACGCCAGGAACAAGAAGGACUUUGAGUCUCUGUGUUCGGCUGUCAGUGAGGCCCUGUCGUCCUCCAAGGAGAAGUACCCCAUCUUCACCUUCGUGGAGGGCCGGGGGCACGACUACGGACUGGAGGAGCACAGCAGCUCCCGCCCCGAACCCCCCACUCACAUCCUGCCCCUGCCCCCGCCCCCGGGGAAGCUGACCCGGAACCACACCCGGGGCAGCGCCGACGAAUUUGUCUUCCUGUGAGACACACCUCAAGUCGUUUUGGAGCGGGGUUGGGCGCAGUCCCGUGUCCCCACCACCAGAGGGCGGAAGAGGGGGCGCUCUCUCUCUCUCUCUCUCUCUCCAGGGGGAUGGAUUCUGAAUGGGGGUUUCUCUGUGUGCAGCUCACAACGGACACGGCGUCGCCCGCUCAACAAGGGAUGUUUCCUUCACGCUGUCGUCACUCACCGCGGCACUCGCGUCGGCAUUAAAUCAGACCGUCCGGGCCCUCCGGAACACAAGGCCUGACCUCUCACCUCCCCGUUUCCGCCGAGAAACGGAUCUCCUAGAUUGUAGAAGCCGGGUAUCGUUUGGUACUUCUUUGCAUCUGACGCAACUGGAAAACACACUAGGCCGGGACGGCGCGCGCGCGCGUGUGUCUAGAGUACGCCGUAGACGCUGCAUGUAGCUCCUGCUGUAAAGGCCUGCCUCUGGGAGAAGGCUUUGUGCUGUUUGAUCUGCUGUACUCUGCUGAGUCCUGUGCUUGAAAUGGGUUUCUUGGCAUUUCUUUGGGGGGGGGGGGGGGGGGCGGGAUUAAUUUAUAGAUUUUAUAUGAACUACUCUGUGGGUGUGUGCGUGUGUGUGUGUGUGUGUGACCGCGCUUGUGUUCUGGGUCAUGUGGCUUGUCAUGUCACAGAUCCCAAGCUUACGGAGCAUCCCAACAGCCACAUCACCCUGCUAUGUUAGGAUGGUAGUAUGAUAGUACGGUAGAUACUCUCUACAUGCAUACUAUACACCGUGGUAGCGUGGGUACUGUGACUCGGCAAGUCUCCCUUUCCCAACUUCCAACAUGGCGUCCUAAUGCUCUCGUCUAGAACGACUGCAACGCUGUCUACAUUCCUACAUCCUUUGCGCCACAACACGUAAUGAGUUGCCAGGUUUACCUUACCCUUCCAUAACCUUUUAACGUUCAUCUUCCAGGCUUAGCCACGGCUCUUGUUUUGACUUGCAACACUACUUUGCGACUUCUGUUAAACACUCCCCUUUUUGUGUAAUCAUUUACUCCCACGGAAUGGGGAAAUUAUCUAUUUGGAGUGCUUGGUUGAGUUUGAAUCCUUUUUAAGAGUAAUCCAUUUUGUACUUCCUUGAAGUACUCGUGUGAGUUGAUUGAUUGCAGCUGUGCAGAGUGAAUUCUUGUAGCAUCCAAACAUGUCAAAAAUAGAGAUGACCUUGAAGGAAGUAGGGAAGGGAGGAUUCAUUUUUGGUAUUUUCAAACCGGGGCAUUGUGUGUCUGUAUUGUUGACCUAGACCAUUUUCCCCAUGUUUUUUUAAUUUUUGAUUAAGGUUAUUAAGGCGGUUGUUAUUGCCUGUUGCACUACCAUUGAGAAUACUACCUUCAUAGAGCUAAGACGCUACUGACCUAGCAGAAAAGCUCUGCUGUGUCAAUGUCUUCAUUUCAACUAUUCUCCCUUACCUCCAGGCCACAUUCUGUAUGUAUAUACAUAUAUAUGUAUUUAUGUAUGUAUACAUAUAUAUGUAUUGUGUGUGUGUGUGUGUGUGUGUGUAUGUAUAUAUAUAUAUAUAUAUUAGAACACAAAGGCCUGUAACACGAAGACCACAUCUCCACCAGUCUUCUCUCUGGGCCCCCUGCAAGUCCUCCUCUAUACCUGAAGCAGAACGACUGAAUCAGUGAAUGUACCCCUUCACCCAGACACUGCAGUGUUCUCACUGAGGUGCUGCAAUGUUUUGCUCAUUACAGCAAACCUGGCUUACCCCUCCAUCUUAUGACACUAGGAGAUUAUUUGUCCCUCCUGUAGUCUUAAUGAGAAGUGAACAGCUGGAGAACUGGUCUGGGGGAUACGGAGCAGGGUCGGUUCCUUCCUAGUUUUGGAUUGUCUUCCUUCUGCCCUCGUUUUGAGGAGUCACGGAUCUCACACGUGUGACCGGAUAGGUCACAGCUGGGUUGGAGAGGACAGGAUUUAACCAACCUUUCUUAGAUCGAUGAACCAUUACUUUUAAGGAAGGGUGGAAGGAAGGGAAAUGUUGUCAUAGUUUUAAAUGGGACCCUAUGAACUCCAUUUGAUAAACAGAAGUUAGUGAGAUAGUUUACCACUUAUAUUUGUAAAACAGCAUCAUGUCAUACACUGGAGUGUCAUAUGUGUGUCUGGGAUGAAAGUUCUGGAGAAGAGCCAUGUCAACACCAACAUUCAUCACUCUUUCAUGUGUGAUUACCACAAAAGCAUAUAUUUUACUUUUAAGUGAAGAGUUCUCAUCUCCAGUGUGACAUGUCUGAAGUUUGUCUUACUGCUCCACAAUAUCCAUGUACAGAGUUUGCAUAAACGGCUGUAAGAAAGGUUAAUAAAGUUUGAUCUGGUUUCCAUGUC